AUGUCAACGGUCAAGGAGCAGCUUAUUGAGAAUCUAAUUGAGGAUGAUGAAAUUUCCCAGCGGAAGAUCACCAUUGUUGGAACUGGUGCUGUAGGCAUGGCUUGUGCUAUUUGUAUCUUAUUGAAGGAUUUGACUGACGAACUCACCCUUGUUGAUAUCGCCGCAGACAGAUUGAAGGGAGAAAUGAUGGAUCUUCAGCAUGGCAGUCUUUUCUUUAAUACUUUAAAGAUUACUUCUGGAAAAGAUUAUAGUGUAUCUGAAAACUCCAAAUUAGUUAUUGUUACAGCAGGUGCACGGCAGCAGGAGGGAGAAACAAAACGUAAUGUGAAUAUCAUGAAAUCAAUCAUUCCUUCUCUAGUCCAUCAUAGUCCUGAUUGUAAGAUACUUAUUGUUACAAAUCCAGUGGAUAUUUUGACAUAUGUGGUCUGGAAGCUAAGUGGCUUACCUGCCACUCGUGUAAUUGGAAGUGGUUGUAAUCUAGACUCUGCCCGUUUUCGUUACCUAAUUGGAGAGAAGUUGGGUGUCCAUCCCACUAGCUGCCAUGGUUGGAUUAUUGGAGAACAUGGUGAUUCUAGUGUGCCCUUAUGGAGUGGAGUGAAUGUUGCUGGUGUUGCUCUGAAAACUCUAGACCCUGAAUUAGGAACUGAUUCAGACAAGGACCAAUGGAAAAAUAUCCACAAACAAGUUGUUGAAAGUGCCUAUGAGAUUAUCAAGCUGAAAGGGUAUACCUCUUGGGCUAUUGGCCUAUCUGUGGCAGAUCUGGUAGGAUCAAUUUUGAAAAAUCUCAGGAGAGUACAUCCAGUUUCCACUAUGGUUAAGGGCUUAUAUGGAAUAAAAGAAGAAAUCUUUCUCAGUAUCCCUUGUAUCUUGGGGCAAAAUGGUGUCUCAGAUAUUGUGAAAGUUAACUUGAAUUCUGUGGAGGAGGCCCUUUUUAAGAAGAGUGCAAACACACUUUGGAAUGUCCAAAAAGACCUGGUAUUUUAAAGCCUUUUAAUGUUCCACUGUUAUAAAACAACAUAACAGACUGUAUAUUUUACAUUUUGAAAGUAUUUUCAUCUGAUCUGUAAAAAAUAAAAACAUGUUGGUGACUUA